CUCUCAGGUGCAUCACAACGAACAUCCGUGCGACUGGGCGCCACCUUUGCUCAUACUCUACGAGAGCAAGCCCGACCUUUGCUGUCGGGGCACUUUCCCGGCGGCCCUUCACCGUUGCUCACCGAGGCACCGACUUGCCCGAGUCUCGUGCCUCGUUUUGAUACCCUCUCCUUUAUCUUGGCCAUUGCCCACCGGUUUUGGGCAAACCUCGCCGGCUCUGUCAGGCCAACCCUAUCGCCUAUCGGCUCGGCCAAGACGGCGUGCGAGAGGGGUCGAGAGCAGGGUUGCUGUGGGUGCAUUGAGCCGUGAUCGAUUUUUUGUCCUACCUGGUUGGCAUAGAGCCCCUGGAAAUCGGCUUAUAGCUGGGCUGCCGACCCAUGAUGGGAUUGCGCCGCUGAGCGCGCGCCAGCCAAAGGAUGCACCCAGCUCCCAACCUGGCCGAGGCCCCGCCGAUCAAGAGCCCGGCACAUGUGCACCGCCUCGCCGCCAGCCCGGAGGCGCACUCCGCCCCCGAUGCCGCCGACGACGACCUUGUCCGCCAGCUCGACGGCGCCUCUCCGCGGCUGCGGAAGGACACCACCUCAUCAACAUCGACCACUGCGACCAAGGCGACUCUCGCCAGCAUUGUCACCAACGAGACCCCGGGAACCCCGUACAGCAGCAUGGAAGCCUCGCCCACCAACUAUGGCGCCCAAGCCGUCUUCUCAGCCAGGGACGGGAGUAACGUUACCUCGCAACAACGGCGGGCAAAUCGGCGGCGGACCGGUCCGCUGACAGCUGCCCAGCGAGAGCGGGCCCAUCUGAUCCGGAAAAUGGGUGCUUGCAACGACUGUCGCAAGAGAAGGGUCGCGUGCCACCCAAAUCACCACGACAUGACGUGGGAGGAAGCCGCCCGGAAGUUCAAACUUGGCGAUUCGUCGAUUCAAGCUUUCGCGCAAACGUCCGGAGCGCGUCUUAGUCCGGCACCGCUCAACACAAAUCAGAGCUUCACCCAGGAGAACCAAGGCAUGGAUCUCGACGUGUCGCCCACGCAGCAGCCCGCACAGCCCGGUCUGGUCGAGACCCGUAUUAGGACGCCUCUUCCGUCAGCACCACGCCCAGAAAAGCUCGCCAAUAUGGCGCCUCUACCCGGGUUGGACAGCUUCCGGACCGACCUCCAGGGAAGUGCCGACCGAAUCCUGGCGAAUCCGUUCCGGAGCCGGUAUGCCAAUGUCUCCGCUUUACUGGUACGGUGGCAGGACGACCACGAUUACGAAGCCAAGAGAGCCUUUCACGACCUGGCCAAGGUACUCGGCGAGGACUACAACUACACAGUACACGUCAAGUCAAUUCCCACGUUGUCGGAUGAGUGCAAGGACCCCUGGAUAUGGCUGUCAAGGGCGGUGGCUGACUUUAUCGCGGCCCCGAACCAACGCGACGCUCUUAAUAUCUUUUACUACAGCGGGUAUAGCUACCUGGACGGCGACAGAGACAUGGUGCUCGCAAGUUCCAAGCACGCUGACCGUGCCUCGGUCAUCAAGUGGAGUAUCAUCCAGCAAUACUUUGAAAGCGCACGUUCCGAUUGCUUGCUCAUCUUGGACUGCGCAUACUACCCUUCAUACAAGACGGUUCGACAACAGGGCAUGCUAGAGAUGAUUGCGGCAGCUGCCGGCGAGGAUCACGUCGAGCUCCUCGGCAGAAGCACUUUUACACAUGCCCUAACCGACCUGCUCCGGCUAAGGCCGGCUCAGCAGUACAAGGAGCCCUUCUCGGCGGCCGAGCUGCACUCCAGGCUGCUGUCUCUGUAUCCGCAGGUGAUACGGGAACGCAACCCGGAGAGGGAGCUCCUCGCAAGUUUCCCCGUGCCGCUGGGGAUGCAGCUGUCGGGCCUAAAAACGUUACCAUCCAUUGUCCUCGCCCCCUUCCACCGGGGCGGGGGAGAAGCGCCGGUCUCCCCCGGAGGAGGGGGAGGCGGAUCACAGCUCACGUUGACGUUUCGCUUGGACGAAAACUCAUAUAACGUGGAUAGCUGGGCCGAAUGGCUCCGCUCGAUGCCACAAGGGAUCAGGGAAGUGAAGGUGGAAGGUCCCUACCGAAAUACGUUACGGUGACUGGGAUACUUUUUUCAUCAAAGCCCAGCCCCCGCCCCCAUUUUGCACAGCGACAUUGUCUCCUAGGCUUUCAGCAGACUGUCGAGUUUGGCGCACCGUUUUCCCAGAGCGGUGGUGAACAAAAGCAUAACCGCCUACGCAGCAAACGUUUGUUCGAUGGAGUCUGGUUUCAUUUGGUUCCUUAUUU